AUGGCACUCCUCCAGUUCAUCAGCGCUGGCCUCCCGCGCGUUCGAGUUCCGACAUCUGUACACAGUGACCACCUCAUAGUGGCUGAAUACGGCGCAAAAGAAGAUCUCAAUCGAGCUGCAAACGACCAUGGCGAAGUCUAUAAGUUCUUGAGCAGCGCUGCGAAAAAGUACGGCAUUGGUUAUUGGAAGGCUGGCGCUGGCAUAAUUCACACGACCAUAUUCGAGAACUAUGCUAUCCCUGGCGGCUUGAUAAUUGGAACUGACUCACACACACCAAAUGCCGGCGGCAUGGGUAUGCUUGGGAUUGGAGUCGGUGGCUCAGAUGCUGUAGACGCCAUGGCUGGUAUGCCAUGGGAGCUUGUCUGUCCCAAGGUCGUAGGCGUGCGAUUGACAGGCAGCCUAUCGGGUUGGAGUUCCUCCAAGGAUAUAAUAUGCAAGCUGGCUGGUAUUUUGUCCGUUUCUGGAGGAAAGGGAAAAGUUAUCGAGUUCUUUGGGCCUGGAACCCAGACUUUGGGUGCAACAGCCAUGGCGACUCCUUGUAACAUGUCCGCCGAAGUUGGAUCAACCUCCUGCAUCUUUCCCUACUCCCAAGCCAUGGCGCGUUACCUUUCAGCGACAAAAAGAGGGGACAUUGCUCAAUAUGCAGACAACUUCAAGGAAACACUACUUAAUGCAGACCCUGGAAGCGAGGAUUUCUACGAUGAGAUUAUAGAGAUUGAUCUUUCAACACUUGAGCCUCACGUCAACGGUCCUUUCACACCCGAUCUAUCGCACCCACUUUCUAUCUUCAAGGAGCGCGUCGAGGAAAGCUCGUGGCCCUCAAAGAUCAGCUACAGCAUGGUGGGGAGUUGCACAAACAGCUCGUACGAAGAUCUUGAGAAAGUCUCCAACCUUGUAACGCAGGCCAAGGAUGCGGGCAUGCACCGAACAAAAACACCCUUCAUGGUCAGCCCAGGCAGCGAGCAGAUCCGUGCUACAGCGGAGGAGAGUGGUAUUCUCAACAUACUUCGAGAUGCUGGCGCCAUUGUUCUGAGUAACUCUUGCGGCCCUUGCGUUGGGCAAUGGGAUCGAAAAGAUGUUGAUGUCGCUGGAGCAGAGAGUAACUCGGUCAUCUCGAGCUUUAAUCGCAACUUUACUGGUCGCCAUGAUGGCAACCCAGCCACCCAUUCUUUCGUCACCUCUCCCGAAAUUGCCACAGCCUUUGCCUACACUGGAGAUCUUACUUUUAACCCUAUUACCGAUGCCGUGCCUUUCAUUAAUGGAUCCGGCGCACCCUCCGAGUUCCGCUUCACACCUCCAACAGCCAGCGAGCUGCCUCAGGAUUUCUCUGAUGGAGAUGACUUGUAUCAAGCUCCUGUCCUCACAAAUACUUCGGAACACGAAGUUGUUAUCGAUAAGGAUAGUGACAGGCUGCAACUUCUUAAGCCUUUCACACCUUGGCAAGAUGGAAACGCGAAGGACAUGCAAAUCCUCAUCAAGGUUGCAGGCAAAUGCACAACAGAUCAUAUUUCACCCGCAGGACCCUGGUACAAAUAUCGUGGGCAUCUCGAAAACAUUAGUAACAAUAUGCUUCUGGGUGCCACCAACAGUUUUCUCCCCGACGCCACGUCUCUCAAUAUGAUUGGCAAGGCCAGAAGCACGAUGAAUAGGGAGAUUAAGACUGUGCCUCAAGUCGCCAAAGACAUGCGGCAGACCGGUAUCAGGUGGUGCAUUAUCGGUGAUAACAACUACGGGGAAGGUAGUUCGCGAGAACAUGCUGCGCUGGAGCCACGUUUCCUCGGAGGUGUGGCUGUCAUUGCUAAGAGCUUUGCUCGAAUUCACGAAACAAAUCUUAAGAAGCAAGGCAUGUUUCCUUUGACAUUUGCGGACUCUCAAGAUUAUGACAGAAUCACGGAAGGCGAUGUCAUCAGUCUGUUGGGCGUGGAUGGAAGUGAUCUUCAACCUGGUAAGCAGGUAACAAUGGAAGUUAAAACAAAGGAUGGUAGUCUAUGGACUGCACCGCUUAAUCACUCUUACCACGCUCACCAAAUCAAAUGGUUGAGGGCUGGAAGUGCAUUAAACUAUAUAAAACGGUCUACGCUGGCAGGUACAAUAUAG